CUCUGUUUUUACUCUGCAAGGUUACCUGCUUUUACUUUUUUGGUGUUAAUAAUAGUACAGAUGAUGAUGAUGUUAAUAAGUAUUUGAAUAACUAUGAAUAGUAAUUUCAUGUGAGAAAAAAAAGAACAAAAUCUGAUGGUAAUGAGCCGUGCGUGGGAAAAAAUGUUUUUGUACUUUCUGAGAAAUCACACACAUUGAACGACUACAAUGAAGAAAAAAAAAACACAUGUAAAGUUUUCGAAGUGAUGUGCUCUAUUUUGCCAUGACAAGCUUUUUAAAAACGCAUUUGAAACAGUGAGAGGGAUUAUGUCAUCCAAGUCCAGAAGCAGUGAAUGAUGAUGUAAUUUAUCAUUUGUAACAGUUUAUGUAUUGGACUCUUUUUUUUGUCACGCUGUUAACUGCAUCACACACACAUUUACAGCAUAUUUGUCCACUUAUCAUAGUGUGUCUUUCUCCGAGCAGCUAGAUAAAUGAUUUGGAUCCAUGUCAGUCUGGGAUCGUGGCUGUAAGUCGGUUCUUGUUCGGCCAGACCACAGGGAGAUAAAGAUGUAAUUAGCCAUUACCUGUGGCUGGCUAAGUGAAGGAGCCUGGGCUCCACCUGUCCCUCCUGCCAGCCAGUGAUGGCCCCCAUAAAUCAAGCUCAAUCCUGCCACUGACAGGAAUCCUCUUCAAGGACAACCUCGCCUUGGUGCACCGGUCCUCCCUCCAAUGUGUACCUGUGACAUGCAGGCAUGGGCACUACAAAACCCCCAUGGCACAAUUAUCCAUCCACUACCCCCGCACAGCACAAACAGUGGGAGGUAAGCCCAUUUUUCAACAUGGUGGCACUCGUUUCUCCACUGAAACACUGUUCCACUCACAUGCAGCGACUAUAUGCAAAUUUGCCAUAACGAGCCUGCAUGCAGAGAUGAGUUUACCCCGGUUGAACCCUGACUACUGCGACCUAUAAAGGGGAAUUACUCAGUAUUGAAUCAAUUGUCUGAAUGUGUUUUGUUUGAUUUUGUUUCAAACCAGCAAUAACCCCUACUGUGCAAGAGGUAUCAGAUAUGGUUAAAGCUGUGGUGUAAUAUCUGAAAAGAUUACAUUAACAAGGUAUAGCAAAUAAGUCUGUUGUUGUACUUUUACGGUGUACAGUACUCUGAAAUGAUUGUGAAGCUCUGUUUAAAUGGCCCUUAAUCUAAAACACUACGUGUUGUACUCAAAAAGUCUUGCCCUCUGCGAUGUAGUCGGGUUGUCUGUGUGACAGAACACACUGUUUGUGCAUGUAUCUUGUUCCAAAAAUAAUGACGGAUACCAUUUCAAGCACAAGAGCAGGUCGUUUGGUCAGUGCUUCUUUUUUCUGUCUCAGUCACUUUUACAUCUCAGUAUCUCGGUCAUUCAUGCUGUAUUUUAUUUUCACUUUAUCUGUUUCCCACUCAAAUACUGUACACUGUUCCAUUUCAGCGUCCCACUGGGUCUGUCAGUGGCAUAUAACAUGUGUAUGUACAUAAUCUGUCCUUGAUGAAGAAAAAAAAAAAAAAUAGAAGAUGAAAAAACACGGACAAAAAAUAACACUGUCAUGUUUCUCAAUGUGGGUUUGAAAAAAAGCACGUCGAUGUUCGUGUAUGGGUGGAUUUUGAAAAAAAAAAAAAAAGAAACAAGCAAACAUUGUAUGUUGUGUUCAGGUUUAUGGGGAAAGGGUCCAGAGGAAGGGGAAUUCGGGCAAUUUGACUUGAAAUCGUGGAGUGGUAAUAAACCGUAUGUGGGCAUUUGUACAAACAAGCAGCAAAAGAACAUGUUUUCAUGAGUCAUGAUGUAUGUAGAUGAGUCACACUUCUGGUGUGAGUGAGGAGAACUGGAGAGGGUGUGGGCAAGGAGGCAGCAGAUCCCCUGGGUGCACAUCUUGAGGGUAGACGAGGAUGCUGUUGAGAGAGCACCCGGUCCGACAGGCCUGUGGGAGGAAACCCUGACAAUGCAAAUCCUAAAGCUGAGAGCCAGGGGGAGAUGGGAUGACACUCACCAGACUGUGAACCCUCCAGUUUGGGAAAGAAGACAGACAGGCGCUCAUAUUGCAUUUCCAAACUUGAGCGCUGUGGUCCUUCCCAGGGGAAGGUGUACCACACACUAUUUAUGGUUGCACUAUGUAAUAUGAAUAGCAUUAACAUAGCCUUGAUCACAAACACAGUCUGGCCUACUUCAAGUGUAUAAAUAACAUCCCAACUGGGGAUCAAUGAGUUUACAGUGAUAUAAACAAGACGUUUGCUCAGCCCCUAAUUACAUUCGGUGCACCCUGAUGAGAAAGUGUUGAUUGGCUCCUGCAGCUGAAGGUUAUGAUCUGUUUACAGAAUCUUUGUUAAUAAGGUGCCACGAAGCUGUUGUUUUGAGCUCCCAAAACUAGCUUGUAGUGCCAGUUUACAGUGUAUAGCGUUGUUUUGCACUUUAAUAGCUGUACAUUUGUUUAUGGUGAAAUUUAAUUAAUGGGUUUACACAGGUGGAAAAGGAGGUGAAUGUAUAUAGUUGU